GUCAUGAACGAUGCUUGUCCUUCCUUCUUCAAGUUAAACUUGCAAUCAGCAUGCAAACCACUGGCAGCCAGGCAGGGAUACCUCAUCGUGCACCUACGUACCUAGGUACAAGACGUGCACUACCGUAGGUAGUUCACUGAUGCAAUCCAUCACGUGAAGAGAAAGAGCACGCAGUUGGGACUCUGACAACUUGCUUUCAUCAGGUGACUGGCAACUCCCUGAACAGCAAGCAGGAGUAAUUUAGGUAUCUUAUCCUUAUCAGGUUUGAAUCUGCUGAACGGGAUUCAUACCAAGCGGUCACACUUGCAGACAUGAGCACAGAACGAAUCCACAUCUAUUUUGAUUUCGAAUUCGUCAAGCUCUGACUCGUUGAAAGUUGAUGUGUCUGCAUCAGAGCUGCAUUUUGCUCUGCUGUAUUGGCCCUUGGCUCAAAAGACGUCGCAAUCUACUGGGCAAACAUGGAAGGUCAGCAGGGCGACAGAUAAGGAGCUGCCACGGCACUGGCAAGCCUUGUUUUUGACUAACCUUGUACCUAGCAUGGAAUACAUCAGAAGGUGCUGCAAAUGCCUCCAAAGCACCAACCGGCUCUUCUUUGAGAAGCACCACCAAGCACCAAGCUUCUCUGGUUUUUCUAGCAGGGUAAAAAUGGGCCGCUUGAUCUGCAUUAGCCGCCCACCAUAGAGGCUCUUGAUGUGCAAAAGUACCUACCACUGUUCCUCCCUGGAACCACACUUCUGAGCAAGUGUCUGCUGCGAACUUCUUUAGUGCUUGGAUUCCUCCUUUCUCAGCACAAAGAAAGUGUCCAAGGUCAACAUGGACAAUCAGAGCAGCUCCAUCCAGCCAACCUCUGCUUCAGAUAGCUCAGCGGCAGCUGGUCAUGGGACAACAAGUGACUCCCUAGCAUGGACACACUCGAUAAUAACAACUGAUCCAUCUGGUGACUCGCACACAGUGCCUAUGAGCAAGAGAAUUCUUCAUCCUUUUGGAAGAAGGUACCUCAAAUGGGCUGGCUUGCUGGCCUGCCUUGUGUGGUACUCAACAUUUGCAUCUUGGUUUGUGUGGGGCUUUGUCCCCAGGCCAUCGUUCCCACUGGUCAUGGUGCACUCGAUCAUCGACAUCAUCUUCAUGAUUGACAUAGGCCUCAAGUUCCGGACUGCCUUCGUUGAUCCGCUGACAUUCAAGUUGGUGCAAGAUCGAAAGAGAAUUGCGCAAAGGUACCUUGUGCACGGAUUCAUCCCGGACGUCAUAUCCAGUGUUCCACUAAAUCUUUUCUGGUAUUUUGCCGUCCGCCACCCUGCUCUUGGCUGGGGUGGGGAAGUGGUGCGCUUUCUGCCGGUCUUCAGGAUGUAUCGCCUCAAAGGAGCUUUCCACUACAUGUCCAGGCUGCAAAAGGAGAACUUCACAACAUACUUCUUACUACGCAUGGCCAAGCUCGUCCUGCUCAUCGUCCUUUCUGGCCACAUCGCUGCUUCGGUCAUGGUGUUCCUUGCGCGCCGUGAGACCACCAUAAGUGGAGACCCAACAGGGUGCUGGCUUGGCGCUGGAUCCUUUGGAGGGUCGCCAAACUGGCAGCAGUGGCCGAUCCUGAAGAAGUAUGUGGUUACCAUCUACUGGUCCGUCAUGACCCUAACAAGCAUCGGUUAUGGGGACCUGCUGCCAGUGACCGUCCUUGAGCGUGCCUUUGUGGCGCUGUACGGGGUGUGGUCCAUGGGCCUGUUGGCCUACGCUCUGGGCAACAUGACUGUUAUGCUAGUAAGGGAGAACGACCGCACCGCACGCUACCACGACAAGAUGCGGCUGCUUACUUCCUUCUCCCACCGCGCUGGCCUCCCCAAGCACCUGCAGCACGAGCUGGGGGGACACGUGGCCCUCGAGAUGCGCGUCGACAAGGAGCGGCCCGACCUCCUGGAGGAUUUCCCCCACCACCUGCGCGCGCAGGUGCUGCGCCACCAGUACCGCGCGCUCGUCGAGGGCACCUACAUCUUCAAGGACUGCUCCCCGGCCUUCCUCGACCAGAUCGUAGGAGAAAUGAAGCUGGAGCUGUACGUGCCUAACAGCGUGGUUGUGACGGAGGGCGACGUUCCCCAGAGCCUCUUCAUCGUCGCCAGCGGCACCGUGGUCAGGGAGAACCCUGUCAGAGACGACGGCUCCAGCAACUCUACCGAUCUGGUGGAGAUGGGCCCCGGCGCGGUGUUUAGCAAGGUGGCGGUCCUGUGCAACGUGCCGCAGCUGUUCACCGUGCGCACGCGCGACGUGUGCGAGCUGCUCAAGCUGGACAAGAACGUGCUCGCGCGCAUCCUGCAGGCGUACCCCAAGGACAGCCGCCAGAUGCUCGACAACCUCAAGCGGCGCGUCAAGGAGCGCGACGGCGCGUCGCAGCGCGAGCUCCAGGAGAUGGCGCACGACCUGUCUGACGUCAUCUGGCAGCAAGACGCCGGACAGUCCGCGGUCGUGUGCCGCGCCGCGUCCGCGGGCAACCUGCCGCGCCUGCAGGAGCUGCUCUGCGACCCGGAGCUCGCCAAAGUGACGGACCACGACGGGCGCACCCCGCUGCACCUCGCGGCCGCCCGGGGCUACGCGGCCUGCGUCGAGUUCCUGCUCGGGCAGGGCGCCGACGUCAAUGCGCAAGACGACGCCGGCAGCACCCCGCUGCUGGAGGCCGUCCGCGGCGGCCACCGCGGCACGGUGGAGGUCCUGCUGGCCGAGGGCGCGGCGCUGGAGCUGCGCGAGCCGGGGAGCGUGCUGUGCGACGCCGUGCUGACCGGCAACUUGGACCUCCUGAAGCUGCUCCUCGACUGCGGGGCGGACCCCAACGCGACCAACUACGUCGGCCGCACUCCCCUCCACGUGGCCGCCAUCGGCGGCAACACCCCCGCUGCUGAGCUCCUGCUGGAGCACGGCGCGCGGCUCGACUGCAAGGACGACCGCGGGAGCACUCCGCUGGACGAGGCCCGCUCGCUCGGCAACAGUCGGUUCAUGGACGUCGUGACUGCGUUUCAAUCCGACAAAGGCAAACGGGCAGUCUCCUAGAGAACCGACAGACGAUCAUGACGGCGGCUUAUCAAAGCCUGGAUUGCAGAAGUGAAUUUGCUUAUUGAGCGUCCAACUUAUGUUGCCUUACUUUGAGUAUUACGAGUCGCGCUUUUCAGAUAUGCGGGGCCCGCGCUUUCUUUCUGCAUUUAGAAGUACUAUGGCAUGCCUAGUACAUUAGCAUGAGAUUGAACACAAGCAGCGCAGGAGCUUUGUUUGAUCUAGCAUUCCUUUUGCAUGAAAUCGUGUUUUACGCGUAGAACACGUGUUGCAUAUAGUAAUGAAUCAGGAGCAUUUUGCAGCAACCCAUCGGAGAGCUUAGAAAGCCCGAAUAACGGGCCCUUGUAACGUAAUCUAGGCUAGUCCUGCUUUUAUUGUCAAGGAUAUCAACGCUAGGCGUAGUCGUGAGCAGAUGUUAAUGUUGCAUGACGGUCAGUGUAUUGUUGCUUAGCAUUUGCUACGAUUGCCUUGCAAUUGAGUCCAAGCGGCGAGCUGCUCAGGGAGGUUAUUAGAGGACCUCCUCUUUGAACUAAUCAUCAAUCUUGUUUGCCUCAACUUAACAAUCGGUAAGGGCAUAUCUUCGCCUGACAUGCCGC